CAGUACAAAACGACGGCACUCACCUUGUCCAAACGACAAUGCGUUGUUUAGUAUCAGUGGAUGAGACGAGAAGACAAAGCCAGCAGCGUGUGCCAUCAGAUGCUUCGCUACAGAGAAUGUAAUGUUUGAAACUUGGGGGUAGCUGAGCUGUUUGACAAAAAUGAACAUUGCACAAGUUACUGCAUGCCAGCCCUGGAUUUCUGUGAAAAAUAUAUCUCAGUUGCACAAGCUUCAUUCAAAACCAUACGGUUUACCAAAGAGUUUUGGUCCUUGCUCUUGUGUUCUACUCACUCUAAGAGCAAGACAAUCGUUUGGCUUGAAAUGUCGGCCUAUUUCACAAUCUCGGAAACCUCUGCAUAUUUGCUUAGCUGGUGAACAAGGGAUGAUGGGAAAUGAUGAUGAGAAUUCCCCGUGGAAAUCUAUUGAGAAAGCUAUAGGAAAAUUCAAGGGUCAAAAUUCAAUAGAGGAUGUAUUACGACGGCAAAUUGAAAAGGGUGAUUAUUAUGACAGUGGUGGUGACGGGGGAGAGAAACCACCAGGAGGAGGCGGCAACAGUGGUGGUAGUGGUCCUGAUGGCUCUGGUGAUUCAGAGGAUGAAAGCCUUUCUGGGAUGUUAGAAGAAAAUCUCCAAGUGUUUUUAGCGACCCUUGGCUUUAUAUUUCUGUACAUUUAUAUCAUCACUGGGGAGGAAAUCACAAAGCUAGCCAGAGACUAUAUCAGGUAUCUAUUCGGUGGACCUCAGAGUGUUCGACUGAAGAAUGCCAUGUAUCAAUGUGGUGUAAUCUACAAUACCCUGACGGCACCGAAAGAAGAGGAAGAUGAGGACGACGAGUUUUGGUUGGAGGAGGCCAUUCUGAGUACCCCAACUUGGUGGUACGACCCGGAUGAUUACCGGGAAGCCCUUAAAAAUUACUUAUUAUCAGGGUCAGAUGAAGCCAUGGCCAUGAGGGAUCACUUGGGACUACAAUCAGAUGAUCAUGUUAGGUAUUACUUGGAAUCGGACUAUGACGAGGACGACGAAAAUGUCAACAACAACUACGAGAAAGAAGAUGACUAUGAAAUAAAUUUUCCCUGACUCCAGAUUAUUCAGUGUGGCUCCCUUUCAGCUAUUUUGCCCCAAGUUUAAUGAAACUCUGUAAACGUUGUAUCAUCCUGGUUUUAUUAGUGUGUUACCCUUUUUGCAUUUAGGCUUUGUAUGAACUGAAGUUGUUUCUCUAUAAAUAUUAUGGAGCUCAUUUCAUUGUCA